AUGGAAAAUAGCGGCGCUAAAUUUUCACCCCGUCCAAAUAAGUCAAACCAGUUCUGCUCAGUAUUUGGGUGCAAUUCACGAUCCAGGCGAAAUCCAGAAUUAAGAUUUCAUAGUUUCCCUAAUGAAUGUGAACAUACUAGAAGAACACAAUGGGAACAUAAUCUUAGAAUUGGAAAGAAAUUAACUAAUUAUAUGAUGGUUUGUUCAUUACAUUUCAACCGUGAAGACUAUAUAUUACCAGAUACACAUUCAACAAAACGGUAUUUAAAGAAAACUGCAGUUCCUACGUGUAAUCUGCCAACACUAUCUACAUGCAAAGUAAUCAGUUCUAAAGAAAAAGAACAAAAUAAUUCAAGACUAUUAAGGUUUGCAAAAAGAGCAAAUUGUCAAUUAAAAUUUGAAGAUUGUCAAAAUGAUGAUAUAAAUAUUAUUCAUGAAACUUUACCAAAUACUCCAGUGGACGAACAUCUUGAUCUACCAACAACUAGUGAUGUGUCAGUCCAAGUUACUAGUGGUGACAUAAAACUGAACAUUUUAACUUUAAUGGACACUGAGCAAAAGCUAAGUACAUUAACAGGUAUUUCCUCUUAUCAACUUCUUGAUAGCUUAGUUGAAAGUAUGCAACUUACAAAUCUAGUUUCCAGUGGUAAUCAAAAUAUUAUUUCCCUUAAAGAAAGAAUUGUAAUGACAUUUAUGAAAUUGAAACAAAAUAUAUCCUAUUCAGUUUUAGCUAUAUUUUUUGAUUGUUCUAAUGAUAAAUGCAAGCGAAUUAUAUUAAAUACUAUUGAUAUUUUAUCACUUAUUUUGAAACCAAUCAUUUCUUGGUCAUCUAGAACUGAAAUAAAAUGCAAUAUUCCAACAUGCUUCAGAAAGUUCUCAGAUACUAGAAUUGUUAUAGACUGCAUUGAAAUUCCAUUAAUGAUACCUAAAAAUUUAACUGGAUCUAUAAUAACUUAUUCACAAUAUAAAUCAACUUACACCGCUAAAUUUAUGACAGGCAUAACACCUAGUGGAACUUUAUCUUUUAUAACUCCUGCAUAUGGUGGCCGAACAUCAGACAAAUUUAUAUUUGAAUACAGCAAACUAAUUGAUAAAUUAGAGAAUGGAGAUGCAAUUAUGUGUGACAAGGGAUUCCUUAUUCACAAUAUUUGUGCUCAAAGGCACAUAAAACUUUACAGACCACMUUUUUUGAAAGGAAAUAAACAGUUGAGUAAAGAUGAAUCACUUAUGAAUGUCGAUAUAGCUAGCGCAAGAGUUCAUAUAGAGAGAGUAAACCAGAGAAUAAAAGUUUUUAAUGUUUUCCAAAAAUAUCCCUCUAGUCUACUCUCUAGAUUAGAUGCUUCAUUUACAGUAUUAUGUGUAAUUGUAAAUUUAAGCCAUCCAAUUCUUGCAAAUGAUAAAUUUGUUACCUAA